CCGGGGUUCACAAAAGGUCGAUGCGGUCGCCAUGUUGCUGAAUGAAAUUAGCUUCAAAACAUUAGGUAGCCGCUAGCAAUAUCUUUAUUUUAUUCAAUCUCAUAAUGACGCUUGUUGCCUCAAAUACUCGUGUGUAAACAUGACUUGGGACAUAAAGAAAGACUAGAAAACUCCUUACUCUUUGUGAAUAAUCUUUACAGCACCAAGCAAUGCACCAUGGAAGUGGAUCACAGAAUAUUCAACGACAACUUCAGAGAUCAAAGUCAGCAGGUGGAUCUGAAGCUGAGGAAGCGCCACCGCAGCAGCAGCCUGCCCUGGCAGCUACACAACAGCAGGCUACAACUAAUCACCCUCAGUCCCCUGUGACCACAUUUACCUCUGCUGCCAGCCCUUCAGCACCCCAAUCGCCCAAUUAUCAGAUAAUCAUGAGCCGAAGCCCAGUUACUGGCCAAAACAUGAACAUCACUUUACAAAAUGUAGGACAGAUGGUGACUGGAAACCAACAAAUUACUCUAACCCCUGUGCCCCUUCAGACCCCUGCUUCCCCUGGUUUUCAGCACACUACACCACAGUGGAGGUUUGAGCCUGCACAGUCCUCUUACAUCCAGGUCACUUCACCUGUGCCUCAGCCCAUUCCUCCUCAAAGUCCUACCCAGCACAGCCCAGUCACAGCAGUGACACGCCCUGGAGCUCCGGCAGCAGCCUUAAAUGUUUGUGCACAAAGCCCCACUCGCUUUGUUGAAGCUGGUAUGCUAGUGCGACAGAUCAGUUUAGGCAGUCCUUCUGGAGGUAGUCACUUUGUUUAUCAAGAUGGAACUGGGCUCGCUCAAAUCACACCGGCAACAGCGACUCAAGUGCAGCUGGCUACAGCAGCUACACCAGGCUCUGUGCGGGAACGUCGUCUCUCUCAACCACACUCACAGACAGGAGGCACCAUCCACCAUCUUGGACCUCAAAGUCCUGUGGCAACAGGGAGUGCUCUCCCAACUCUGAGCAGCCCUGGGCAUAUUACCACUUCCAAUCUACCUCCACAGAUCAGCAAUAUCAUACAAGGACAGCUAGCUCGCCCAAUGAUGUUUGAGAAGACCCCACAGGGUGUGGUUGCUGGUGUAGGUUCCACAGUCACAACGUCUUUCAAUAUACCUUCUAUUCCACCAUCAAGCCCUUCCCUCACCAAUGCCACACAAAGUAUUCCCAGCAAUCCCUUGGGAUCCAGCGGCAUGGCUGUGGGGGCAAUAAAGAAGCAGGCUCCUAAGAAGCUGGAAGAGAUUGCACCAUCUACUCCUGAGAUUGCUCAACUGAGGAAGCAGUGCUUGGAGCAUCAUACAAAGAAAAUGGAGAACCUGAAGGAUGUUUUCAAAGAAUAUCUGAUUGAGUUAUUUUUUCUCCAGCAUCUACAGGGAAACAUGAUGGACUACUUAGCUUUUAAGAAAAAACCUUGUGUUCCCUUGUAUACAUACUUGAGGCAGAAUGACUUGGACCUUGAGGAUGAGGAGGAAGAUGAAGAGCAGUCUGAAGUCAUAAAUGAUGAGGUGAAGGUCGUCACUGGAAAGGACGGUCAAGCUGUGACACCAGUUGCCAUAGCAACACAGCUUCCACCUAACGUUUCUGCAGCUUUCUCUGCCCAGCAGCAGUUCCAGGGAACUGCUGCUGGGGGCAUUGCCAGUGCUGGAGACAUGGAAGCCUUUAAGAGGCAGCAGGCAAUGGUGCAAGCAGAUCAGGCUAAGAGGUCCCGGAUUGACGUUGGUCGCCAUGGGCUGAUUUUCCAGCAUCCUGGUGUAGCUCCUUUAGGAUCACCUGGCGUUCCACUCCAGCAGCUUAUGCCAACUGCGCAAGGAGGGAUGCCACCUAUUCCUCCUAUUCCUCAAGCAGUACAGAUUGCAGGGCAGAAGCAGAAUCAGCAGCAAUACGACCCAUCCAAAGGACCCCCAGUGCAAAAUGCUGCAAGUCUGCACACACCCCCACCCCAGUUACCUGGCAGGCUACCCCAGGGGACCCUUCCUAUGGCAAGCUUGCCUUUGGCCCUCUCCCAACAGGCUCAGUUGGUAGAUGGGACUGGCCAGCCCGGGGCUCAGCUCCAGGCACAGGUGAAGGUGCAGGCCAGUGGGGCUGUCCUGGCACAGAUGAAUCCUCACGCUCAGCUUCAAGCUCAACUCCAGCAGCAAAUGCAUCUUCAGAUGCAGCCAGGUCAACAGCAACCCCAGGCAAUGCUGCAAACAGGACAGGCAACUGUGGCGCUUGCUCGUCCAGCAACAGAACCCAAUCAAGUCCAGCGGAUUAUGGCCAACUCCAUGGCCAGUGUGUCACCUGUUCCACUGUCAAACGCUGUUUCUGCUGCUCAUAAUGCAGUCACUGCACGGCCACUCAGCUCAAGCACAAACCCGAGCUCCCAGUCCAAACUCACUGGUACCAAUGGCAUUUCAUCAGUGAAAAUGGGAGGUUUUUGUCAAGGUGGUUCUAUGCAGACAUCACAAGAUGGUUCUCAAGACAAGCAAAAUGAGCAGGCCAAAUUGGAAAGUCAAGUGCAUCAGCGCAUCUCUGAACUGAGGAAGGAGGGGCAGUGGUCCUCAAGUAGGCUUCCCAAACUUAUGGAGGCCUCACGACCUAAGUCCCAAUGGGACUACCUUUUAGAGGAAAUGCAGUGGAUGGCAGCAGAUUUUGCACAGGAAAGAAGAUGGAAAGAAGCUGCUGCUAAGAAGCUGGUUCGCACUUGUGCAAGGUACCAUCAGGAGCAAAAGAAAACAGAAGAACGAUCAAAGACCAAUCAAGACAUUCACCUUCGUCAUAUUGCCAGUACCAUUGCCAGAGAGGUGGAAUUUUUCUGGUCUAACAUUGAGCAAGUUGUGGAAAUUAAACUCCAAUUUCAGAUGUAUGACAAAAGACUUAAAGCAUUAAAGUUACAAAAUAUGUCAGCAAAAGUGUCUAGUCAACAAACAGGAGAAAAUGCUGAUAAAGAGGAAAUGGCAUCAUCACGCCGGAAAAGAAAAUCAAGUUUAUCUUUGACAGAUGAGGAUGUUGCUGAUGAAGAGAGCACUAUAGAGGAACAGGAGGCCAUGGAGGGCCAUGCAGACCACAAAACUGAGCUGGGUGACUUGGCCAAAGAAGCGGAAAUGUCUUUAGAUGCUUUGAAGAAACAGUAUGCUGGUGCAUAUGCUGAUGGCUUUGAGUGGCCAAAGCCAAGCCCUCCAAAGGAUGAUGACGACACAGACUCUGAAGAAACAGAAUGUGAAGAGGGCAGUCCACCUGAAGCUGUGGUGAUUGACUCCUUGUUGAGUGUGGAGCAGUAUAAAGGUGGUGAAAAAGCUGCAUCAAGCUCUGAUGGAAAAUCUGCUAAAGACAUUGCUGAAGUAGCGGCUGCUACUGAACUUUUGCUUCCAAAAGGCAGUUUUAGAACCACUACUUCUACCCGCAGCCCGGCUCCCAUUCUAUUACAUGGGUCAUUGCGAGAAUAUCAACAAAUAGGGGUUGACUGGCUGGUUAGUCUAUUCAAAAAACGCCUCAAUGGGAUCCUGGCUGAUGAGACUGGCCUUGGCAAAACAGUACAAACAGUUGCCUACAUGGCACACUUGGCUGGGCAAGAAGGCAUAUGGGGUCCUCAUCUUGUUGUUGUAAGAACAAGCAAGCUGCUAAGUUGGGAGGUCGAGUUCAAGCGUUGGUGUCCUGGGCUCAAGAUUCUCUUGUACCUUGGCAACAGACAAGAGCGUAAAUCUUUAAGAGAGUGGUGGAGUGAGGCUAACAGUUUCCACGUGUGCCUGACAUCAUACAAGCUUCUCAUGGCUGACCACAGCCACUUUCUGAGAAGAAAAUGGAGACAUGUUGUUUUGGAUGAGGUUCAGCUUAUUAAAGAGAUCACUCAGAAACACUGGGAAACCAUAUUCUCUAUCAAAAGCGAUCAAAGGAUACUCCUCAUCAACACUCCCCUACAGAAUACCUUGAAGGAGCUUUGGACCAUGAUCCAUUUUCUUUUGCCAGGAAUCACACGACCCUACUCAGACUUCCCAGUGAAGGCAGGCACAGACCAAAACCAAGACUACUGCCACAAACUGGUUAUUCGUUUACACAGGAUGAUUCAACCAUUUAUACUGAGGCGCUCUAAAAGGGAAGUGGAGAAACAGCUACCCAAGAAAUAUGAACAUAUCCUUAAGUGCCGUCUUUCCAAUCGACAGAAGAGCCUGUAUGAGGAUAUCCUCACUCAGUCAGGGACCCAAGAAGCUCUCAAGACGGGUCACUUUGUUAGCGUGCUACAGGUGCUGAUGCAGUUACAGCGAGUAUGCAAUCACCCCGAGUUGGUGUCUCCCAGAGAUGCCAAAAGUUCAUUUUUCUUCUCAAAUCUGCAAUUCAGUGUCCCAUCUUUGAUUCUUGGAGCAAUACAGAAAGAUCCAGAUAUGACUGCAGACAUAUCCAUCUUUAAUUUAAUCAACAAUGAGAACAAACUGACUCGUUAUCAGACUGAAGAGGCAGUACCUAAACUAAAGCUCUCACAGCCACUUAUAGAAGAGCUUUACACUGGCCCAGACCAACCUUCUCGACCGAAACCAUGUCCCAUAAAACCAAUGAGAUUGUUCCAGCCAGUUUCAUAUGGGACCAAGCCAGAGGGGCGUCUUGCCUCUUUUACAAGUACGACCAGCCAACGUCCUGCCUUGAACUCUUCUGUUACUUCUGUAUCCCCCCCCAUGGCAAACCCGGCUGCACAACCCAGGGGAAAGUCCCCUGUCACCACUGGAGCAACUGCCCCUACCUCACAUGUGUUUGGAACAGCUACUCAGAGAGCCCAGACUACCUCUCCUGUCAGCAACAGCAACAGCACUGCCGCCUCCACUGUGUCUGCCACUGUGACCAGUGGGCCUGGACAGCAUGCGCUGGGGGUUACCUCUGUGCCUUUGGGCCAGAACUUGGGCCAUACAGUUGUGGGAUCCAUGGCUUCAAUGAGCCAGCCUGGGGUCUCACAGGUGGCCAGACCCACACUAGCCCCCAGUCAUGCCCUCCAGCCCAACUUGCUGUCUCAGAGGCUGGUUCUUACAUCUCAGGCCCAGGCACGGUUGCCUAGUGGUGAUGUGGUGAAGAUUGCUCAGCUGGCUAAUAUAGCUGGCAAUCAGACUCGGAUCUCUCAGCCCGAGACCCCAGUGACCCUCCAGUUUCAGGGUACCAAAUUUACAUUAUCUCCAAGCCAGCUCCGCCAGCUUACCACUGGACAGCCUUUGCAGCUUCAAGGUACACUCGGAAAUAUCCUGCAAAUAGUGUCUGCCCCAGGACAGCAGAUCAUCCGGCCACAGAGCUCAAUGGUAAUGCAAAGUGUACCACAAACUGUAGCUGGCACUAAUGCCACAUCCACACCUGGCACCACUCAGUCCCCUGCUUCAGCACAGCAAGCAAUGGGUGUUAAUACAAAUUCAAAUGCAGUUUCCACAAAGGUCACUUCAGUCAAUUCAACUCCUCAGGAGUCAUCAGAAGAGAAAAGCCAACAGUUGAAGGACCGUUUGGGCCGCUUGUUUGAAGCCAAUGAGCGCCGCUGUAACCGCAGUGUGCUGUAUGGGACAGACCUGGUACAGGCCUGUACAGUAAGUUCUGAACCAGGUCACUCUGCUCUAACCGCUGGGGGCUGGCGCUGGGUGGGACUGGAGAGCUGCCUCCGAGCAAAGUCCUCCUUAAAGGGAGCAACAUCUGCCUUGAGGUCAUGCUUGUUGUCUGUUGAGGAUCGCUUGGAUGCAACAAAAAGCCUUGCUGCAAGGCUGGCAUGUGUGGUACCUCCAGCUGUAGCUCCGCCCCCUCACAUAUAUGCAGUCAAUCCAACAGUGCCAUACCGACUCAAACAGAAGUCCUUACACCGUCAACUGCUUGAGGCCACCUCCUCCCACAGAGCUGAUAUCCAGCAUUUUGCACCAGCACAACUUGUGCAGUUUCCUGAUCUGCACUUAAUGCAGAUGGACUCAGGUAAAUUAGAAGCAUUGGCCAUUUUGCUCCAGAAGCUAAGGUCAGAGAAUCGGCGCGUUCUCAUCUUUACACAGAUGGUGAAGAUGCUGGACAUUCUGGAAACAUUUCUGGAUCAUAGACAGUUGUCUUAUGUUCGGGUGGAUGAAAGCUUUACUCCAGAUGAAAGACGGGAGAAUAUGAAGAGAUUUAACAGGAACAGGCAGUUGUUCUGCAGCAUCUUGACCAACCACUGCUGCUCCUCAGUCGGUACUGUGUUUGAUGCAGACACUAUCAUCUUCUAUGACACUGACCUCAAUCCAAGCAUAGACUCUUGCACUCAGGAGUGGUGUGAUAAGAUUGGCCGCUCGAAGGAUGUGCACAUUUACAGGUUAGAGAGUGGAAACUCAAUUGAGGAGAAACUGCUGAAGAAUGGCACCAAAGAUCUUAUACGAGAAGUGGCUGCGCAGGGCACAGACUACACUCUGGCUUUUCUCACACAGCGGACCAUCCAGGAUCUGUUUGAAGUGGAGGCUGGAUCAGGAGAGAAAGUUGAGGAAUUUGUGGUUCUUCAUCAAGAGCCUUCUGCCUCUGAGGCCAUCUCUCCCAAAGUGGCUCGACCGUACAUUCAGGCGCUUCACAGCAUAAACCUGGAUGAUCUACAUGAGGAAGACUACCAACAGAUGGAGGAGGAAAUUACAAAUAAAGAGUCAGCAGAGGAAGAAGAAAAUCCAGAGGAUCAAAUGGAGCCUGCCCAGAUAGAGGAGUUGAAUGCUGUCAUGGAGCAGCUCACACCAAUUGAAAUGUAUGCCCUGCAUUACCUGGAGUACAUUCACGUCAAUGACGAUGAGACAGUUGUUAAGGAGCGUUUGGAGUCAUCUAAAAGAAGCUGGGAACUGCACCAGCUUCAAAAACUCAAAGUGGACGAGGAGGAGAGGCAGAUGAGGGAAGAUGAUGAGGAUCUGUUCACUUAUACCAGAGAGGAUGCAUACAACAUGGAAUAUGUAUUUGAUGCAGAAGAUGGUCAUACAGAGAUCAUGCCGAUUUGGACUCCUCCCACACCACCACAGGACGAUAAUGACAUUUACAUAGACUCUGUCAUGUGUCUUAUGUAUGAUACAACACCUAUUCCAGAGUCAAAACUGCCUCCAAUAUACAUUCGCAAAGAGCACAAGCGUCUCAAGAUGGACCCUUCAGCUGCUAGAAAAAAGAAAAAGGGCCAUGGAGAGACUGUGAUUCCUCCACGGUCUCUGUUCGAAAAGGCCAGCAUGCUAAAAGUACGACGUGAAUGCAAAGACCAGAAGAAGAACUUCUCUCUGAAACAGCAGGCUCCUUUUGCCAAACCCUUGCCCUCCCUGGCUAAGCCUGCCAUGGAGAGCAGCCAGGACAACCCAGAGUGGCUCAUCAGUGAAGACUGGGCACUGCUUCAGGCUGUGAAGCAGUUGUUGGAGCUACCUUUGAACCUGACGAUAGUGUCCCCCGCUCACACACCCAACUGGGACCUGGUCAGUGAUGUGGUCAACUCAUGCAGCCGUAUCUAUCGCUCUCCCAAACAGUGUCGCAACCGCUACGAGAAUGUCAUCAUCCCUAGAGAAGAGGGCAAGUUGAUGUAUGAAGCAAAUCCCAAGAAGAAAACAAAAAGCAUAUACAAGUCUAAGAACAGUCGUCCUCUGAGAACCUGUCAGAUUUACACACAAGAUGACAAUUCAACACAAAUUCAACUCUAUAACAGUCGAUUUGAGCUUAUGAAAAUCAUUGCCAGCAAAAGGAGCCCACCAAUCAAACCACUCCUUGGAAUGAAUCCCUUUCAGAAAAAUCCUAAACACGCCUCCGUUCUGGCUGAGAGUGGGAUCAGCUACGACAAGCCCUUGCCUCCUAUUCAAGUCGCAUCACAGCGUGCUGAAAGGAUUGCAAAAGAGAAAAAGGCCCUUGCGGAGCAGCAGAAAGCCCAGCAGGUGGCACAACAGGCUGGAGGCCCUCAGACCGCAGUGGCAGCUCCAGGCCAGGCCCAAGUAGCAGCUCAGGUCCCCCAGGCCACGGCUGUCACAGGAGCCGCAGCGCCUAAUGCUGCUGUUCUGGCUGGAACCAUAAAAAAUGCCACAGUGGGCACAACAAUUCAGACGGCCACUGUAGCGGGCAAUGUGAUUGUCAACACAGUAGCUGGAGUCCCUCCAAGUCCCUUCCAGGCCAACAAACGCUUGGCAUCUCCAGUCAUCUCUGGCACCCUUUCGCCCGCUGGAGCCCAGGUCGUACAUGCUCAGCAGAGACCUGCUGCCGCGCAGGCUCCUGCCGAGGUGGUUGCCAUUGCAACAGGGCAGAGUGUUCGAGCUGUCACACCGAUGACAGCAUCUGCUGUAGUGUCUACUACUCUGAGCCCGGUACAAGCCCAGACCCGCCCACUAGUCCCCCAAGUUACUCAAACCGCAGGAAUUACACUGCCGCAGGGCAAAGCUUUGGCUCAGGCGCAUCUCAUGUUCAGGCAACAACAGCUCCAGCAGCAGCAGCAGGCUGCUUCUCCUCAGAUCAAAACGGUGGGGAAAUCACAGGAGCUGCUGAAGAUGCACAAGCACAAGCUGCAGCUCCAGCAGCAGCAGCAGGUGGCAGCGGCAGUGGCAGCAGCUCAGGGUCAGCAGACAGCAGGGGCCCAACAGUCCACUCAGGUCCAACCGGCCCCCAGUGCUCAGGCCAGUCCUCAGCUGACCGCUGUAGCCACACCACGGCCCGGAGCUGUGCUUACCGGGACUACUGUGGCCAAUCUGCAGGUGGCCCGACUGACCCGAGUCCCAGCUCAAGGCCAGGGACCAGCUGCUCAGACAGCUCAGGUGACCCUCACUAAGCCUCCAGUGGUGUCUGUCCCUGCUGUGGUAUCUUCUGCUGGAGUCACUACUCUCCCAGUCACUGUUGCAGGCAUUAGUGUUGCUAUUGGGCAAGCGCAGAAGACAGGGGGCCCUGUGCUGACCCAGUCCUUCCCACAGAUGCAGGUGCAGCAGGUGCAGCAGCUGCUGCAGAUGAAGAAGCAGCAGCAGGCGGCUGUUCAGGCUGCAGCUGCCGCGCAGCAGAAACAGCCUCAGCAAACACAAGCCACUGUCCAGCAGAAGAUUGCCACGCAGCAGGUAACUGUGCAAGCUGCUCCAGCAGGCCAGCAGCCUCAACAGAAAGUAGCCUAUGCCGCCACUACACAGCAUCCGUCUGGGAUAAAGACUCAGAUCUUCACAACCUCAAUCGCACAGGCCCAGAAACCUGCCGGAGCUCAGCAGAUUCAGGUUGCUAAACUCCCACAAAUAGUGCAACAACAGCCGACUGUGGCCAAUAUUCAACAAAUAGUGUCUUCUCCUCAACAGAUCCAGCCUCAGACCGUGGCUCUUACACAGGCACCCUCCUCGGCUCAGGCUCAGGUGCAGAUGAUCCCCGCGGGCACGGCAGCAGCGCAGGUCGUGCAGCAGAAGAUCAUUCAGCAACAGGUCGUCACAGCAACGGCAGCAUCACCUCAAUUCCAGACUCCACCUCCUCACAGCCCAGCCCAACCACAGGCCGCCCCACCCACCACCUCAGAGUCCCCAGUGCAGCAACCUGCUCAACCACAGCAAACCACCAAGGGCCAGGCGAGGCAGGGCAAUAUCCGGGCCAAAACACCGGCCAAACCCAGUGGAGGAAACACAUAGACAAGCAUCUGACUCAAAGACAAAAGAAAAGAAGAACCAAUGUUAGUAAUUUGUAGCCCGCUUAAUUGCUGUAUUUUUGGCAGAGGAAUCUCAGCAUUUCUGCUCAUAUACUGGGGUCUGAUGUAAUGAACCAUCACUUUCAAAUCUCUAUCUUUUGAUCAAUGUGUAAUUAACAAAUAGUCUAAAUAUUGUUUCCACAGCUGUCAACAUAAGAAAAGACAUUCAUGCAUUCAAAGGCAUGAGAACUGAGACUGAGGCUGCCUCUUAGAUUAAGUGUAUCCAUUCAUAGUCCCUUUUAUGUAUAAUUUCCUUGUCUAUAGAUGCCAUACCAGAGUAAUGCACGUUCCUUUAGUCCUUUGUUUUUUAUUGCAGCAAACACACUGUAAACAUGUACUUUAGUAUUUUGUGUUUUCUCAUUAUUGUCUUUUUUAUUAAUGUCAAAAGAAAUAACUGUAAAUAUCAAUGAGAAACAUUUGUACUUGUAAAGUAGUUGUGUUUUCAUUGGGUUUUUCAGCCUAAUUGUAAUAAAGUGUUUUGUUUUUAUA